AUGUACGCUUUCUCAUUGCUCUUCCGGACUAUCAUCCGAUGGAGACUCCUUGCUGACCUUCGUGAUAGACAACUAGCAACAGACCCGGACGACACCCAGCCAUUGGCCAGCUAUUGGGACAAGCAUCAAUUAAGAGACAGUGAGGGCAGUUCACCGCCCGAGUCACCAUUGGAAUCCAUGUCCCAUCCUAAACCAACCUCUGUGCCGCCUGCCAAACGUCGACAGCGCGCUCUAAGUGAUGCGACGGCGCUCAUAUCAAGUCGCACACUCCCGUCAUAUCACCCUGCAUUGACUCUGCCGGACUUUCUAGAGACAUUCGGACCCUUGAUAUUCCCAUUAUAUCGUGCAGCUCUCUUGCGGAAACGCAUAGUCUUCCUUGGUGAUGCUCCGGUCGAGUCCUCUUUAUAUAACAUAUCCCUACUAUCAUCCCUUCCUCAGAACUUACUAUCCCUCCUUCCCUCCACCAAAGAUAUACCCAGUCUCCGACCACGACCUCUAUUCAAUAUUGGCAUACACGACAUGGCCCAGCUGUCCGCUCUAUCCAGCACUGACCCAUGCUGGCUAGCUUGUUCUAGUGACCGCGUUCUCGGGUUACGGCCAGAACUUUACGAUGUCCUCGUUACCCUUCCGCCAGACUAUUCCAGGCAAGCACCUGAAAGAAUAUAUCCCAAAAUGUCCCUUUCCCCUCCAGCUGCUGCAGGCCAGCAAAAGGACCCAAAAGCAAAACCUACUCCCAUAAAAGCUACACAACGAGAUAGCCGUCGAUUCAUAACAUUACGAGAUGGACUCAGAGAGUUCUCGCGGCUAGGCGAGAUAUCUGGUCCUGACAGAGAAGACUCAGAUAACGCGUCCACUUUUUCAUCAAGUUCCCUUGUUGAACCGAUCUCAUGGCCUUUACUAGCGUAUACAUCUUUCAUAUGGUGGGCAUCUGCUGGAGAAAAAGGCGCAGGACCAUCAGACGAAGAGGCAGAACAAGAUGCAGAGCUUCUCCAGAUAUCCAGUGACGACACAGAGGCUGUAGACGACCAUUCAAACCCGAAUUCGCUCCGCCGCCGAGAGUCAAUGGUCAUACCAGAUGCGAAUAAUACGUCUCAGGAAAUAGCUAUAAUAACCUACUUUAGACGAUUGACCACCCAGAUAUUCACUAUCUUAUUCGACAUCAUCACUCGCCAGACUGAAGAAGAUUUGGACGAAUCUCCUGACCUCAGCAACCAGAGCGAAACGUCCUCACUUCGCCGCUACCGUGAUAAUGAGGGCGGAGAGCAGGAGGAUGACGAACAGAAUUCUUCUACGCUUGUAGGCGAACAUGAUGAUCAGCCGCUCUUGCGUACACCAGACGAAGAAGAAGGCGUUAUCACGAUUACUUCCUCGGAUAUAACCAACAUGGGCCUUGAUGCCUGGAGUCAUGCCGAUAAAGUCUUCGUUGUAGAGCUGGUGAAUGUAUGGUGGGGGCGGAAAGCCCAGGUUGAGGGAUCUCAUAUCCAAUGCUGUGGUGUAAGAAUCAUAUAA